AUGGCAUACGGCGUCAAGGUGAAUAAUGUCUUCGCAAAGGCAGAAGAAAGCAGCGAAUCCGUACAAGUCCAAGAGCGCGCUGGAAACUUUUCCUCAUCCUCUCUACCUGAAGAGAACAAGCAGAACGAUGUCGUAGUACAACAACAAGAAGAAGAAGAAAAAGACUCCAACAGCAUAUGGGCCUACUUGGCAAAUGCCUCGAAGAAGUUGGACUCGUUAGGAGUAGAAACUAGAGGUAUCGAGAGAAUACAGCCAUACGAAAGGUCUACCAAUAAGACUAAACAACUUAUCUCUGUCAUAGGACUUUGGCUUUCUGCCUGUGGUGGGUUGAGUUCGAUGUCUUCUUUCUAUUUAGGCCCGCUUUUGUUUGAAUUGGGUUUGAAAAAGACUUUGGUGUCUGGUUUAAUUGGUCAAGGACUUGGUUGUGCCAUUGCUGCCUACUGUUCAUUGAUGGGACCCAGAUCUGGAUGUCGUCAAAUGGUGGGAGCCAGAUUUCUUUUCGGUUGGUGGUUCGUCAAGCUUGUUUCACUUGUCAGUAUCAUUGGAGUCAUGGGUUGGUCUGUUGUGAACUGUGUUGUAGGUGGUCAAAUCUUGGCCAGUAUCAGUGACGGAAAGAUUCCUCUUGUGGUAGGUAUUGUCAUAAUUGCUGUCAUCUCUCUUGCAGUGGCUAUUGGUGGUAUCAAGCAGUUGUUGAAGGUGGAAACUCUUCUUGCACUUCCAGUAAACUUUGCCUUCUUGCUUUUGUACGUUGUAGCCUCCAAGAAGUUUUCUUAUCUUACCAUGAACGAUCCUAUAGACGACCAUGCUACUCUUAAGGGUAAUUGGUUGUCUUUCUUUUCUUUAUGUUAUUCCAUUACUUCUACUUGGGGUUCCAUUGCUUCUGAUUACUACAUUUUGUUCCCUGAAAACACACCCGAUUUGCAUGUUUUCAGUAUCACCUUCUUUGGCAUUCUUAUUCCCACAACUUUUGUAGGUGUUGCUGGUCUUCUCAUCGGUAAUGUUGCUUUGACUUAUGAGCCAUGGGGCGAUGCUUAUGCUGAAUUCGGUAUGGGUGGUUUGUUGAACGAAGCCUUCAAGCCAUGGGGAGGAGGAGGAAAAUUCUUGUUGAUUCUUAUCUUCCUCUCGUUGAUUUCCAACAAUAUCUUGAACACUUACUCAGCUGCCUUUGGAAUUCAAUUGGCUGGACGUGUUCUUUCCCGUAUUCCUCGUUGGCUCUGGGCCUUUGUGAUCACGGCGGUGUAUUUGGUCUGUGCCCUUGUAGGGAGAUACAAAUUUGCUACGAUUUUGGGUAACUUCUUGCCUAUGGUCGGGUACUGGAUAUCCAUGUAUUUCAUAAUAUUGCUUGAAGAAAAUAUCAUCUUUAGAACAGACGCUUUCAAGCACUUAUUUACCAAAGAAUUCCCGCCAGAGUCUGAAGAAACUGAAGGUACAUCUAGAACCAUAGUGAUGGCUAAGAACAGUGCUAAGAACCAACACUACAACUUUGAAAUUUGGAACGACUACGACAGAUUGACACAUGGCUUUGCUGCUACAGCCUCUUUCAUUGUAGGAGCUGCUGGAGCUGCUGUGGGGAUGUCACAGACAUACUGGAUUGGACCUGUGGCUUUGGCUAUGGGCGGUGCGUACGGAGGAGAUAUAGCCAUGUGGUUAUGUAUGGGAUUCAGCGGAGUAGCAUACCCAGGAUUAAGGUACCUCGAGUUGAAGAAAUAUGGACGUUAG